AUGUCUAGCCACAAGACUCGACCGGCUCGCUCAAACAGCUUGCAGCGCAUGCUCGAGCUCGAGCGACGCUACAUGCUUGAGCGACUCCAGACCGCGCAACCGAAUGUGUUGUCCACCAAUUCAGCUUCCAUAGCUGCCCUUGUCUCCAGGCCACCACCUCCGUCAUCAAAUCGCACUGCAGUCCAGGUUCACCGUGUCGAAGCGCCUCCUAGAAAGGAUGCUCCCAUGGGUGCCAAUAUCACCAAAGAGAGCAUGCCAGUGGCCCAGAUAGUUCCACUGACCAUCAACGUUAGUUCUCCUAAGCUUAAACUGGAUUUUGCACCCGAAUUGGACAACAACGCACAAAGGAGCGCUGUGGUUGUGCAUAACCCUCCACUGGUGGACAAGCCCGUUCUCAAGGCUGUUUCUUUCGAUGUUCCGCUGAGUGAUGAAGAGGAGCGGAGAUCGAUUUGCCAGUCUCCAAGCUGGGAGGCAUAUGGCCGUCGCAAGAAGAAUGAUAAAAAGGACCACAAAAAGGAGCUGAAGAAAGAGCAGUUGAAGAAGGAACAGCUGAAGAAGGAAGAAGAAAGAAAGGAGCAAGAGCGCAAAGAGCAGCUGAAAAAGGAGGAGUUGAAAAAGGAGCAGCUGAGAAAGGAGCAGCUGAAGAAGGAGCAGCUAAAGAAGGAGCAGGCAGAAAAGGAGCAGCGGAAAAAAGAACAGCAGAGAAAAGAACAGCAGGAGAAGGCGUCGAAGCGUGAAAAGGAGGAAACUGCGCUCAGGAAUGCUUUAAUUAAGAAGAAGCGCUUGAGCAAGCAACCUCCCCCUUCUUCGGCACAUGCCUUGGAACAAGCUAAUCGAUCAUCGGCGGCGGCACUGGCAUCUGCCAGAGAUAAGCAGAGACCUUCGAGUGCGCUAGAAUUUACCAAAGAUGAUGUGCCUGUUCGCCCUCAUCACAGGCGAUCCGGCUCUUUCACCUCUUUGAUCAAGUCACCCUUCGAGUCUCGGCGUGCUUCCGCUGACACGGCUCGCCCGAGCGAGACAGGCUUCAUCGGUGGUAUCAAACUGGAGAUUCAACGACAUGCUGCGAAUCAGAAGACCGCGGAAGGGCCUGAAGAUAUGGACGAGUCUCAAAUCCACCCGGCGCUUCGAACAAACAACGCUCACAAUCAGAAGUGGUCUGCGCCCCCAGCUCGCCCUAUCCCUGAGUCCCAGCGCCGAGCUUAUCCUCCCAUCACUCGGAACCCGGCUGCAGCGGCCAAGACAAGAUCUCUCAUUUCGUCUGCAGAGAUGGAGGCUCAGGAAACAGGGACAAUGGAGAGCAAAUGGAGAGCUUUCGUUGGCCUGAAACAAAAAGACUCGGCAGAACCAACAAAGUCCGCCGCGCAGCAAGACAAGUCGAAGAAGCUUGCAUUAACUAGCGAGGCAACCAAAUCCGCGUCCGCAUUGCCGCCCCCUCAGACUAAUGCAAUCAUUGGACCAAAUGUCGAUGUUCGUCCUCAAAUGGCUGCUGGUCAAAAUUCUCCUCAACCAGUGUCGGGCAACGGGAACCAGAGCACAAAGCCCAAGCUCAGUGUAUCUACAAGCGAUCUCCAGCUAAGCAGUCCCGUUACUGCACAGAAGCCAGCCAAUGAGAAAUUAAGCCAAACCAACCUUGCUCAGGUUCAACACGAAGGCAGCGGCGCUGUCAAGAGCGGCCAUGUCGCUGAUUCAACCCUUCUGACGACAUCUUCGCCUCCAGCACCGCCUCGUCGUAGUUCAAAGCGGAAUUCCAUGCUGAGCUUGGAUGGCUCAGUGUCAUCCAUGUCAUCUCCGCGCACACCAAGACCUGGCAGCUCCGAGUCUGCUAACGGCAAUCAUGAUCCGUCCACGGGCAGGCCCAAGAAGAUGGUAGACAAUGCGCCUGGGAGCAAUGAACUAACAAGCGGCGGGGCAUCCCUCCAAACCACUCCACGGGACGCCGGCCGCAUCACCAGAGGCCAAAAGCCAGAGCCGAUAGACAUUCCGACAUGGGACGAUAUUCAAUCCUCUGUUAUGAAGGUCAUCGACACACAGGUAUCGCUGUCUCCAAUCCGUAAAUCUCGAGGCUCCCUUCGAGAUGACAGUGAUUUUACUGUUCGCCGCCUCACGGACGAUUCAGUUCCAACGACAUCGACUGAUGAUGAUUCGUCUGACGAUUUCCACUCGCCAUCAAUGCCUGGUACGCCUGACACCUCCCGACCUCAAUCUGAAAAGGGUCUUCCCCCCAUGACGCAAGAUGUUGAGAGUAAACGAGUAGCCACAGAGCGACCUCGCGUCAGGAACGGUUCCACAAGCCCAGUCAGACAGCCGCUCCUCCUCCAGAUUGGUGGCGGGGGCUUCUCAAGCCCUCCAAAGAGUACACGACCUGUGGGAAACACUAGCACGUCGAGCGCCGUCAUUUCUACCAAGACCACUACUGUGACCACAGGCCAAGCUGCGCACCGUCGGUCUCAGACGGAUGUGGAUGCGAUAUCUGGAAUUGAUUUUCUGCCGAAAUUGAAGCACCAACCCCUGAAGGUCGUGGAACAUGUAAUAGUGCCAAGGCAACACUCUCCCUCCACUGCAUUGAUCUCUGGAGAGGAAAGAGUAAAUGGCAAAGCUCAGCCAGUUGCUGCCCCAUGGCCUGCUUCCUAUCUGGAAGAAGCUCGAAAAGCAGCUCCCCUCGCUCCGCCUCCUCAGGUGUUGGGAUCGCCACGUCUUGGUCCCAAAGUCACACCGCCAUCCUCGAUCCGGAGCCAGCCGUCGCCCACUGCAGACCUUGCGCCCACAAAGGCGCCGCGACAUACAACUGGCUCACCUGUUGGCGGCGAGCCGAUUGCCAAGAUGUUUGUGGAGUGUUGCGGAUGCAAAUAUUACCACGACAUGCCUAGCAACAUCUACGAAGCCAUGGCCAACCCAGAGGCUGUUAUUCGGCCGAGGGGCAAUGUAGGAUUCACCGGGGCAUUAUCCAUGACUGUGAAGUGCCCGUGGUGUUUCCACGAGAUGAGCACCAAGUGCUGUGCUGGCUAUGCUGCCAUGGUGUAUGUGAAGGAGAGGCUACAUUAA